AAGCGACAGUGUAAAGAGCAAUAAUUAUAACUGUUUGAGUGUUACAGUUGUGGUUUUAAGUUUAUGUUAACAGAUUUUUUUUAACUUCGCAAAUUUACAUUAUACUAGCAGGGGUGAUAUUACCUGCCGCAUUAAUUGUUUAUUCGCAAUCAGAGGAAGUCAAUCUGAACUAAAGCUCCAUAAUAACGAUGAGGACAAUGUGUACCGUCGUUCUUUGCAGCAUACUGAUGAUGGUUAUAGCUUCAAUAGAAUCACGACCCCAAAGUGUUCUGGACAAUGAUCAGGAUCUUCGUAAUUUUGGGCAGGAAAUCGAUGAGAGCCGCAACAGCUACUAUGAGGUACCAGUGACUGCUUCCUUUUCAGCUGUCCCACUCGAUCGCCUGCAAAUGUUAAUUGCUCAAUACAGACCUACAUCUUACGGACGAACACCUGGAUGGAACCCCGGAAUGAACGAACUUUUCCGUAUGCCUGAGUCAAAGCGUCAAGUUAGAUAUCGCCAAUGUUAUUUUAAUCCUAUAUCGUGUUUUAAGAAGUAAAUGCCGGAAUGUUCUUUGUUGUAAAACAACUGACAAAGUUUAUAUGCACUAGGCGAAAAUUGUAAAUAUCAAAAAAUGCCUGAAUCCUUACGUAACUGGCUAUUUAAGAGAAAUGCAUAUGUAUAUGGAAUCAACAUUUCAAGCAGGAAAUAUAUUUUUUCAAUUCAUUUUGUAUAUCUGUUUAUGAUAAAAUAUUAUUUUGCUGUAACUUUAUUCUGUUGCAAAGUAACGAUUUUUUCAUAUUUACGUAAAUGAUCUAAAUGGAUGUGCAUUUCCAAAAUGUAUGUAGAUAUUAAUAAUCUAAAUAUUUAGCACAUGUACUCAAGUUUACUGUUCUUUAUAAAAGUAGAAUAGAUAAAAACAUACAUACAUAUAUAUAUAUAUAUCAUUAUUAAAUGAAAAUCCAAAUGGAGCUUUAAAAAUACCACACAUUCAUAAAUAAUAAUACUAAGCUACUUACUAGUACUCGGACUGAUCUGUUCUAAUUUCGUAGAAGAUUCAAAAAAAUAUCACACUAAAUUAAAAACAACUUUAGUGCAUAUAUUUUACAAAAAUCUAUAGUUUUGACUCAGCAAAGAGGUAGAAACUAUUACUUGUAAGAAUGAAUUAUCCUAAUAAGUUCAAAAAUUACAAAUUUUCAAUUCAGUUCAAAUAAACAGAAAUUUAUAUUGCAUAAAAAUGCAGGAUAAUAGUUCGGUUUAAGAUUUUAAAUGAGGUAGAUGAAAAAUGGGGUAGCUUAAUAUCAUUUCGCAGAAGGUGCUAUACAUGUUUUUAUGCCAAAAUCAGAAUUGUUAAGAAGUCCGAACUAGCCUAUUAACCUGUACGAUAUAUGUAAACGUAUGUAUGUCUCGUAAUCAUUUUAUUUAAUACGGAAUGAAUAUGGUGUGGUGGUACAAAUAUCUAUGUCUAUAUGAAUAUUAACAUAUAUAUUUAAAUGUCAAAUUAUAAAUAGUUUAAAUUAAUAAAUCAUUUAUUUGAGUUAUUCACAAACUACUAAGUGUGACUAUUUAAAAUCAAAAUAUACAAUAUAAUCUUUGUAUCUUUGAAUCUUAACUAAGUGUGAGAGAGGCGGAUCUAUAACUGAUCCUUAGGGAAGGGCUUAUACGACAUAAGCUAA